GUCGCUUCCCAAAUUGAAUAUUGAUGUGGGAAGAAAUCAAUCAAGAUUCAAGAGAGCAGUGAAACAAUCCUCGUGAUGAAAUUGCUGAAUACGAUUUCUUGUUUCCAGCUUUUAUUCACACCAUGAAUUGCAUAAGCUGACGCAGACAAGCCCCAGUAGUGAGUCUAGUGAAUGCUGCUGCUUCUUGUUUCAUCUGUGAUUUGUCUUUCUAAAAGAGUGAAAGACACAAACAUGGAGCCCCAGAGACUCAAGAGACGUGCUUAGGGCAAAGAAAUGAUCUGUUUUGAGAAAGACUUCAAUACUUGAAAGGGAAUUCUAGCCACCCAAUUAUAAUCAGAAACAGUAUAUAUACCAUAGCAGUACCAAUAAACCCCUCACAUCCCAGGCUUAAUUGGAUGAUUCUACACCAUAUCUCACCGUGGAGGCAAUUCAGUGAAAACCCAUCUCUCAAUAGGCUAAGAAAUGGAUGUGUAAUGCUCCAGAAGUUCAAGGCCACUUCUCAAAGGAUUGGUAGUGGUAGAUUACUCUUGGAGGAUCUGAAGAUUCAAGCCCAGUAAGGUGAUUCUUCAGCUUUUCAGGGAUGUAUGCAGGAAUAGCAGCGGUGUUGGUGGUGGGUUUUCUGGGUUGGGUUUAUCAAUCCACAAAGCCUGCCCCUCCAAGGAUUUGCGGAACCCCAGAUGGUCCUCCUGUUACUUCACCUAGAAUCAAACUCAGUGAUGGAAGGCAUCUGGCCUACAGAGAAAGUGGAGUCCCCAAGGAUGAGGCUAAGUACAGAAUCAUUGUCAUUCAUGGCUUCGACAACUCCAAAGAGUUCAGUUUACCUGCAUCCCAGGAACUUAUAGAGGAACUAAGGAUAUAUUUUCUAUCAUUUGAUAGAGCUGGGUAUGGGGACAGUGAUCCAAACCCAAAGCGGUCGGUGAAGAGUGAAGCAUUUGACAUUCAAGAACUUGCUGAUCAGUUGGACAUUGGAUCAAAGUUUUAUGUGAUUGGGGCUUCUAUGGGAGGCUAUUCUGUUUGGGGUUGCCUUAAAUACAUUCCACACAGGCUAGCAGGUGUAUCCUUAGUGUCACCUGUGGUCAACUACUGGUGGCCUUCUUUGCCUGCUAAUCUAUCAAGAAAUGCCUUGAGGGAGAAAUCAAAACCAGACCAAUGGCUGUUUAGGAUCGCACACUAUGCCCCCGGACUACAAUACUGGUUGACAACUCAGAAAUGGCUGCCUUCAUUCCCUUUGUUUGAGGGUCAUCCUGUGAUAUUUAGCAGUAAAGAUAAAGAGAUCUUGACGAAGACACCAGACACCAUAAGGCCCGGGCAGGAUAAGGUACGACAACAGGGGGUUUUUGAAUCUCUGCAUCGAGACAUGAUGAUUGGUUUUGGCACUUGGGACUUUGAUCCCAUGGAUCUAAGUAACCCAUUCCCUCAAGGUGAAGGCUCUGUUUACAUCUGGCAGGGUCAUGAAGAUAGGAUAGUUCCAUGUCUACUUCAGCGCUAUGUUGCUCAUAAGCUCCCUUGGAUCAGGUAUCAUGAGGUUCAUGAUGGUGGGCAUUUGUUCAUUUAUGACAGAAGCUUAUGUGAGGCCAUAUUGAGGGAACUUUUUCUUGGAGAAGAGCCUUCUUCUAUCUUACUAGAUUAGUUAAAUUGAAUUGUUUUGUAGGUUCUAAAAAAAGCAUAAGUGUCUCAUGACAUAAUUUCUAUAUAUAUAUAUUGCAUUGGUGACAACCAGUGACAACUUUGAGAUGAUAGGGAUGUAUACCUAUUGUAUUCUUAUGAUGAAAUAUAGUUUGAUAUUAUGGAA